GACAUGGAACGAAAACGAUGGAAACCAUUUAUAGUUCAUCAAUAUCAUCACCACUUUGUGGCCUAUAUACUACAGUGGGCAGAAAAUAGUAUAGAUUCUGAGAAUUAAACCACCACCCAAAACACAGAAAAAAAAAAAAAAACAUUAUCGGAUCAAAAUUCCGACAUGGAAGUGCAGCUGCCGGGGUUCCGUUUCCACCCGACGGAACAAGAGCUUCUGAAUUUCUAUCUCCGGGGUGCUGUGAAUGCCAAAAAGCUCCGUUCCGACAUCAUCGGAUUCCUCAACAUCUAUCAGCAUGACCCUUGGGACCUCCCAGGGAAAGCGAGCGAAGGGCAGGGGGAGCGGGAAUGGUAUUUUUUUGUGGCUCGGGACAGGAAGCACGGCGGCGGGAAGGCGAACCGGACGACCGGAAACGGGUUCUGGAAGGCGACGGGCUCGGACCGGCCAAUUCGAAGCAACUCGCCGUCGGAAGGGAAGAAUAAGGUGUUGGGGAUGAGGAAGACUCUGGUGUUCUACCAAGGAAGAGCUCCAAGAGGGCGCAGAACAGAUUGGGUCAUGAAUGAGUUCAGACUCUCUGAUACUACUUGCACCUUACUCAAGGAGGAUGUGGUACUGUGCAAAGUGUACAGGAAGGCAACCUCCUUCAAAGAAUUGGAACAAAAGUCCCUGAAGGAAGAACAAGGAUACGCGGGCGCCGCCUAUCCCAGUCCCGCGUCAGGGGGCGACAGACUGGGGUACGAGGUCCCACAAAAGGACUUUGGGUCAACGUUUUUCCACGUCCCCACAAUAUUCUCAUCGGAUCAAGAAUCCAAUACCCAAAAAAUGUGUGCCAAACACGGUUUUGUGCAGCAGGAGGAGGAUGUAUUGUCAGAGGAAGUAGUGGGCUCGCUGGGAAACCUAUUUCAUCAAGUCCGGGACCGGGACCGGGACAAUUGGAGCCUGUUUGCCAUGUACUGAGAUAAUUCCGACCAUCGUACGGUCGGACCCACGUUCACUAAUUUUCAUAAAGCUGUUGGACGGACUAAACGAAUUGUUGUUAGAUUAGGUGCUGUCAAAUUGGAUGGGGGUACGUAGUUAAAGCACAUAAUCUGUACAGCAUUAUAUUUGUGUUAAUUAUGGAGGUCGGGGUGUAAUUUGGUGAUAAAUUAUAUCUCGAUCUAUUUAAUUAGGAGGUUUAAAUCAUGUUUUAAUAAAAAAAAUGUUGUGUUCAGUGGUCUAGUAAUCUAGUAGUCUGUAACAUAGUAUGUUUAAUUUCCUUCUAGCCUAAUCAAGUUGAGGGAAAUGAUCUAUUUAUUGUCUCAAUUGCCAAGCUAUAUUAACUAGUUGUCCCCUUUUUUUGGUUGAAAAAAGUGUGAUUUUAGUCCUU